AUGGAUUCUUCCGCCGCGAGUCUCAUUCAUAAGGCCAAUGGCAAGCAGAUGUACACAUCAAAGUACUUUCCACCAAGUAACAUCAUCUACUCCAGCCAGGGAGACGAUGCCCAUAAUAUGGGAUUCCUUGUUGGUUUUGCCGAGGCACAGGUUAAGCUUCGAAUCCAUGAAGGUGUUCUGCUCAUUCGUCUCUGGUCUGAUGCAUAUGAUGCUCUGGACGCCAAACAAGAGAGUGUCAUAUAUCAGCAAUACUUGAUGUUGGUGAGAAAGAUUGCUGGCCGGAUGAUAGGAGAGCAGCUAGAUCCGGGGAAGGCAAGAAACAGGCCCCUGAUUCUGCGGAAGACAUCCAGCGUUACCUCGAAGGUCAAUUACGACGAAGGUGCUCGCACAGAAGCUUCGACUCAAGCUCCUAAGAUCCUGACCCACAACCUCUCGACGGCCACACCCCCUCAAAGAUCAACUUCUCUAGGGAUUUCUGCGGGAAAAUUGAACCCGCAUGCCGUCAAGUUCUCAUCACCCAAUGCUCCUGCAAAGAAGGGGGGUGAUAAGCCACCUCACGGCGAGCCCACCUCUUCAAUGUCGUGCGUGACGACCUUCGAAGAGCGCUGCAAGAAGCUAGGACUGCGUGUCUCGUCAGCAAAGGUGUAA